GUCAAGUUUAGAGUAGUCGUCAAACAUAAAGGUAAACAUGAGAUCAAAAAAUUCUAAGGGCAUUUCAAGAAAACCCAAAAAUCGUCAAAAUAAAAUCCACUUAGUUUUCGAUGAAAAUAAAAGAAAGGAAUUUUUAACUGGUUUCCACAAAAGAAAAUUACAGCGUAAAAAGGAAGCAAAAGAGAAAUUUGAAAAAGACCUUAAAGAGGAAAGAAAACGGAUCAAAGCAGAGGCGAAAGAAUCUUACAAAAAGCUAGUUCAAUCUCAUAAACCAAUUCCAGAGUUAGAAGAUCUACUGAGUGAAAAAUAUGAAGAUGAUGACGUUACAGUAAAAGUAUUAGAGCUCUCAACAAAUGACAUAGCCAACCAGAAUAAUUGGAUAGGUGCCAAUCAGCCCAGGUACACAGAAUCAGAUGACGACGUUAAUGAAUCUGAAGAUGAAACAAAAUCAGACGAUGAAAUUCCAGGAAUGGAAUUAAAGAGAAAACCAGUACUUAGUAAAAAGAAACAACAAGUUGUCAAAAAGUUUGAAUCUGAAAAGGAUGUUAGAAAAAUGUUAAAGAAGCAAGCCACGAAGAAUGUUAAGAAAAGCAAAGUUUUUCAAAUGAAGAAUAAAAUGGAGAGGCAAAAGCAGAAGAAAAAAUCAAUGCAAUUGAAAAAGGAAAGGUUAAAAGUGCGGGAAAAGAAAGGAAAAGGCAAGAGAGGCAAAGGCAGACGGGGGACAGACAAAGACUAAUAAAAAAAUUUAUUUAAUGUUUAUUUUACAAAUGUGUAGAUAUUAAAGUUAUUAAACAAU